AUGCGCACUUCAGCCAUGCGCUCGGUGACGAUCGAGUCUUUUGGUGAGACGCGAGACGAGCGCCGAGUGGUUUUAAUUCGGAUCACCAACGGGAACGGAAUGCGUGUAGAGUUACUGAAUCUGGGAGCUAGCGUUCGAUCGAUCGUCGUUCCAGACCGUGAAGGGGUGAUGACAGACGUCGCUCUCGGUUUCGACACUGUUAAAGGUAAGUCAAAGGAGUAA